AUGACUCUACCUAUCAAACAAUCUGUUAUGUGGAUGGAUUCUAUGUACGAGAUUUGGAACGAUCUUCUCCAACAUUUUUCUCAUGGUGAUAAGUUUCGCAUCGCUGAUCUCCAAGAAGAACUUCACUCUUGUAAACAAGGUGGUUCUACUGUCUCUCAGUAUUAUACUCGUCUUCAAAUAAUUUGGAAAGAACUUUCUUUGUAUAAGACACUUCUUGUCUGCACCUGCACUUCUCCUUGUAAUUGUGGCUUAUUGGCCAAUAUUCAACAAGAGUGCAACGAUGAUUCUGUCAACAAGUUUCUUCAUGGAUUAAACGAUGAAUUUUCCCAAGUCCGUUCUCAGAUUAUGCUAAUGGGACCUAUGCCGACUCUCCCUAAAACUUUUUCUUUGGUCCUUCAACAAGAAUGGGAAUUUCAUAAUUCCUCCUCACAAAUUCCACAACAUUCCAUGGCUAAUUUCAAUUUCCAGUACCCUCAGAACAAGACUUUUAAUCCCUCUCGUGGACGAGGACGUACCAGUAAAUUUGGUGGUCGUGCUAAAUAUUGUGAUCAUUGUAAAAGAACAAAUCACACCUUUGACAAUUGUUGGAUCAAAUAUGGCCUUCCUCAAGGUUAUAAACCAACCAUCAAACAAAAUUCUGCUCCCUCCAAUCCCUCUAUCAAUCUUACUGAUGUUGUUUCACACACCUUCAAUGACUCCUCUGUUGAUACAACUCAAGUUCAAUGUCUUUUUUCUAAGGAACAAUAUGAUGCUAUUCUUGGAUUGUUGAAAUAG